UAUGACAAACUUAAAAAUGGAUCGGAACAAAAAGUUAUUCCAUGGAUCGAUCUCCUCCAUUAAUUAUAUUUAUGAACAUGAACAGGUGCUAGUGCCAAUUAUAUUUUCAGAAAUGAGAGAUUCGGAAUUCCGGGACGGAAGGAAAUUCCUAAAUGCAGUUGUUCUGUUGCAAUAUGUGCCAAGGAUUUUCCGUAUCUACAGAUUGUGGAAAAUAGUCAACAAGAAUAUCAAGCCAGGGCCUAAAGUGAAUGCAGAAAGGAACAAGAAUAUGAAAGGUUUUAUGGUGAUGAGAGCUGGAUUCAAUCUCUUUCUGUAUCUCGUUGCCAGUCAUGUACUGGGUGCCUUUUGGUACUUCUUCUCCAUCGAACGAGAGACCACGUGCUGGCACAUGGCCUGUAAGCCUGAUGCCGGAUGUAGCAAGACUUCUUUUAACUGUGGUCAUGGUUCUAGCAAUAACAAAAUAGUUUUAAAUAAUUUUUGCUCUAUAGAAAAUCCAAAUACCACUCUCUUUGAUUUUGGAAUAUUCCAAGAAGCCCGUCAAUCUCGCAUUCUGGAGUCCAUGGAUUUUCUACGAAAGACCAUUUUCUGUUUUUGGUGGGGCCUUCGAAAUUUGAGGUGUACAUGCAGUGGGAGGCACAAAAAGAAAUGGAGGAGCUAUCUGUGCAUAAGACAUCAAAAGAAGUGGAGGAGAUAUCUAAGCAUAAGCAUGAUGCGAUAUCUAAGCAAACAUCUAAAGAGCGUAAUGAGAUAUCUAAAGAGCAUGAUGAGAUAUCUAACCUGUUGGAGGUGAUAUCUAAAGAGCAUAAUGAGAUAUCUAAGCUGUUGAAGAUAAGGCCGUUGCCGCCGGUAGCCCCCUAAGUAAUUUAGAUUACAGUAUCACUUAAUAAUUAAUCUAGUAUUAUGAGAUACUCUUGCUAUUUAACGAAAGACAAUAUAUAAUUUGUUUAAGCAUAUUACGUUGAGGAUUAAAUACUGCACUCAUUUUUCAAGUCGUUAAUUAAAUUGCUAGUCGCUUGAUUUGAAUAU